AUGCUUACAACCCAAUCAAUCCAGAUACAUGGAGCAGAAUAUUUGAAUAAUCCAUCAAAAAAGAUUACAUCAAGUGGUGCUAAUCACCAGGUGUUUCGUUUGACGCCAUCUGGUUAUUUAACUGGAGAAUCUUAUGCCAAUGAUGGAGAAGCAGUUGUACAAGAUCAAGACACAAGAGAGGUGGAUGAGAUAUUGCUUUUGGUAAAUCCAAGCAAUGAUGACAUUACAAGUCUCCUAGACAAGACCAAGAUUCAAUAUCAAAAGAGAUUUCUUCAAGGAGGCAUUGAUGCUGUGGGUCGCUAG